ACUCACUACUGACUGUAACGGACAUUGAUUUUCAAAUAGUUUUUCUAAAUUAUUCCCACUGUCUUCUUCUAUUUUUUUUAAAGAGGUAGUCCCUUAAACACGUUACUGUAAAUCAUUGCUUUUUAGAAGCAGCUUUCCUCAGCCGAGUUGAUUACCCCUUAAUCAGAUGUCAACUUUCACAAACAAAAAUGUGGCCACUAGGUGGUGCUGUUAUUCUAAUAAAAAGGCAAUAUGCUUAUGUUUUUUCAGUCUUGCUAGUAUCAAUAGAAAAAGUGAAUUUGAAAAAAAAAUGGCUGCUCUAUUUCUGCAUUCAGGCUACAUGUGUGGAAUAAAAUCAUUUAUUGUUCACUGUAGAAAUAAACUGAAUCCCUUAAUGAAAGAAGCUUGUGCUUUUGUAUUCAGAUGGUUAAACAGAGGUCAUACCAAGAUACUUACUGACCAGAAGUCUGCCAUAUCACCAAUGGAUUGAAAAGUAACUCCAUUAUCACUGGGUGUGUUCACAAACAGGGAGCGAUGCUGUUUUCCGGGAUAGGGAGCAGAGGGAAGCUUCUCCACCUGCUGCCACCUGUUCGCCUCCCUAUCCUUUGCUAUAAAAGCCUCUGCUUCCCCAGUACCAAAGAACAGAGUCUCACUGAGUCUGAGAGAGGCAGAUGAGUCCAGAUAUUGUGGAGUUAACACAAGUCUCCAUCCAAAGCAGCCAGACCUGUGUGAAUCGAGUUCUCUCUCCUCGUGCUGAACGACUACGCAGAGCUGCAAUUUUUAAGAGCACAAUCUGCCAGAAAUAUCUUCACAAUGCAGGAGCUUUGAGAACCUUGAGAACUACCUGCAACAGAUCUAGAGGCACUUUCUUUGUGACCCAUCACAGAAAAUUAAAAGGGAUUGUGCUGCAUCCUUAGAUCGGCGGAACUGACACUGAAUUCCAAGCUCGUGUCUCGAGAAGCCUCCCAGCGUCUAAAGAAUACACUUUCAUAGGGGAUCUGGAACUGGGGCGUGAUCAAGCAGAUCAUGAAGUCCUGCAGGCCGUCAAGCUGUGCUGAUUCUGGCUCCGACUCGGACUCCAAGUGCUCUGAGAAACAGGAGAAUGCUGCACGGAGGAGAAUGGCAGCCAAUGCCCGGGAGAGGAAGAGGAUGCAGGGCCUGAACACUGCCUUCGACCGCCUGCGCAAAGUGGUCCCCCAGUGGGGCCAGGACAAGAAGCUGUCCAAGUACGAGACACUGCAGAUGGCCCUGAGCUACAUCAUGGCCCUCAACCGCAUCCUCACUGAUGCCCAGCGGCACAGCACUUCCCAGAGGCAGUGGCUGGACCUGCACAUUGAGCAUUUUCAAGCAGAGAGCUACAGCACCUACCUGGAGCAGAGCUCUGCAGGUAAUGAAGAAUACGUGCACUCUGCCUUCCCAUACCAGUGUGACACCUACCAGGUCACAAAUUAAAAGCCACCUGAUGAGUAAAUAAUAGAUUUGCUCAUGACCAAUAUGUCAUACAGUAUCUAUCUAGGUGUUAGGUUAUGUGGGAGCUUUUUUUAUUUUUAUGCCGGGACUGCAUUUUUUUAUUUUGAAAAGUUGGUAAAUACAUUUGUAUUAUAUUUUGUUAAAAUCUUUUUGGAUUAAUCCACUUGAAUUCUGCCAAGUUAUGGACUGUUCCAAGUGUUAAUUAUUUGUAUAAAUACAGGCACAGUAAAUUUGCAAUAUUAUGUAAUAUACAUAUACUAUAAUAUGAAAUAUACAAUAUGUACAGGUACUUUAGUUCAUACAUGUAUUUCUAUAGCCUUAAUUAGUAAAAUUCUGUAAUGAAGGUAUUGUUAAGACUUUUCAAAGCAUUUAAUAUUACCUUAAGGCUAGAGUAGAUUUCAUAAACCUCUAGAGCUACCUUCACUGCUCAGUAAUUAUCAUGUAUUUGAGUUUCACACAGCAGUGAUUCUAAUUUGUUGUUUGGACAAUGCCAAGUGAUAAAAUGUGGUUACUUUUAAAAAUAUAUGUAUAUACUACAUGGGUAACACAUUUUGUUAACUUGAACUGUGUCGUGGUUGUCAAUAUUACUUUUGUUUUAAGGAAUUUAGCAUCAGAACAACUACUCUACCACCCAGAAAAGCAACUUGGCACGGGGAAUUAACUUGCCUGUACUAUGCCGAGUACUAAAAUAUAUUCUUAGAGGAAUCUCUCUUUAAGUUCAUAAUAAUAUAUGUAUUUACUGGGUACACAUACUGUAUGUAAUGUCUUAUCAGGCAAAGAAUAUAUAAUUGUGGAGUGUAGAUUUGUAUCCAUUAUUAAGGACUGAAUAAUGAAUAAUAAUCCAGUAAAUGUUAAAUUCAAAAUGUUCCCUGUUCUUUAUCACUGCUUUAUCAGACCUUGUACACUGAACUUUGUAAGUUUUAAAACAAGUACAAAUGCAUUACGUAGCUUUACUUUUUGUAAAUGUGUAAUUUCAUGAAGUAUUAUGACAAUGCUGCAUAAAGUGUUUAGGUUUUGAAAGGUUAACUGGGAAUUUUUUAUUUUUGUAAUUUAUUUUUUGAAAUAAAUUUGCUUAAC